AUGCUGCAGCAGCAGCGCAACAAGGAGCAGCAGAUGCUGCAGCAGCAGCAGCUGACCAACAGUGCCGUCGAAAACCCCAAAGAAAGCAGCAUCAUUGCGGCCGGGAAUCAGCGCAGGGCAAACAGUAAAGCGAUCUUCUUGGUGCUUCCGCCCCCCUGCAGCAGCAGCAGCAGCAAGUGUGCAGCAGCAGCAGCAGAGUGUGCAGCAGCAGCAGCAAAGGCGCUCCCGGCACGGCUGCAGCAGCGGGGAAAGCAGCAGUAG